UUCUCAGCACGCAAAAAAUUUUCUCUCUCCUCUGCCCACUCUUCUACUUCGUUGUUUUCUCUCUCUUAAAACCGCCAUUAAACUUCCUGCAACCACCUCAAUCAACUUUCUCUCUCUUCAAACCGCUACUAAUCUUCAUUAUUAAAGCUGAAUUUCCACAAAAUAUCAAGAGAAGAAAUCUGUGACUUCUUUUUACUGAAAAAAAAGAGAAAAAUGGAUGUUCGUGACGCAAUUGACAUGAACAAGCUUCAAAAUCCACCGAAAAGCAAAAAAAAAACGAAGAUGCCGAAAGAAAAAAAGGAAACGACUGGAAGAUCUAGUGAAGAGCAAAAAAUCGGGAAUGCAAAGCAACCAGACAUGAAGGAAACUGGAAAAUACGAAAUUGAGAAGGAAAUUGAAGCUGAAAAGCAAAUAGACACAUUCCAAGAACAACCACAAAGGUUAAUACUCAAAUUUAAGCGAAGACCAACUAAAUCCCAGCCAGAGGUUCAGAAAGUAUUAAGUGAAGGAGAUGGGAAGGCAUGUACAACUUCUGAGACAGAAGUUCAAAAACCAUUGAGUGAAGGAGAUAAGAAAUCUUCAUCAAAAUCACAGCCUGAAGUUCAAAAAACAUCAAGUGAAAUAGAUCAAGAAGAGUCUUCAAAAUCUUUGGUACAAAGAAAGAUUGCUACAAAAAAUAGGGGCAACAACUUACUGAAACAACUUUUAGCAAAGAGCAUAAAGCAGAACAACAAAAAAAGGCUGCACAAAUGGUAGCUG